AUGCAAACACCAGGAGUACAUGAAAUACUGUGUUCAUAUGAUAAAUCUUAUAUUGGACAAACAGGAAGAUCUAUUGCAACAAGAAUAAAAGAACAUGAAAAAUCUGCAGUAGCCGAAUAUGCCAAAAACAGAGGACAUGAUAUACAAUUCAAUAAACUAAAAAUACUAAACAAAGAAUCUCAUUUUGGAAAACGGAUGUACAAGGAAGCAACAGAAAUCGAAAAAUGUCCGCAAAAUUUCAACAGAGAAGGUGGAUGGAAAAUCAGCAAAACUUGGUUAACUAUCAUACACCAGACAAAAAGAAAAUCAACCAACAACACUGAAAAUAAUUAA